AUGACAGAGCUUGAUGAAAAGGGAAAGGAGCGGCAGGCGACCAGAGGGGAGGUCGCCCACCUCAAGGAGCAGGUGCGCGCCGUGAGAAACAAGCACGCGGACCACGUCGCUCAGCUCAAGGAGGCGUUGAGCGUCGCAAAUGCUCACCACGCGGCCGAGGUCCGCCGACUCGCGGAUGAGUAUCACGAUCACGAGGCAUGCACCGCGCCUGGCGAGGAGGAGGAGCACGCAGCCGACGUCGCCCGCGUGAAGGACGCAGCGGACAAGGAGGUGCAGGAUGCCAAGAAGAACAUCGUGCUCCUCCUCUUCCCGAAACUGGGUCUCACUGCUGAACGACCAAAGCUCAAGCUCAAGGGAGAUCUCGCUGCUGCCGGAACGCCCAAAGCUCAAGGGAGAUCCUGA